UGCGUGGCAACAGAUUCUCGGCGGUCAGACACAUAACCAGCAAGAUGGCUGUCAGAAGGGCUGCUAUACAGCUGGUUCUGAUGGUUUUACUUUAUUUUUCCCCCGGUGUCCAAUGUUUUUUUGAACGCAUCACCUGUACCAUAUCUUCUGACUGCAAUUGUGAUUUUAAACCAAAUAUACGAGGCUUGGAAUGGGAUCUGUAUAAGAAUCUCUACGGACAGCAUCUGGCCCAGGACACGGUGUCAGAGGAGGUGGCAAACUUCCUUCAGAAGGAGAGUCCAGACCGACCCCUCGUCCUGUCCUUCCAUGGGGGGUCAGGGACGGGCAAGACUCUGGUCAGCUCCAUGUUGGGGAGACACCUGUAUGGCACGGCUAUGGGCAGCCCGUACAUCCAUCAGUUUGUGCCAACACUACACUUCCCCUCGCCUGACCGCGUCCAACAGUACAGGCUGGAGCUGAAGGACUGGGUGCAGGGGAAUUUGACGGCCUGUGCCCGCUCUAUAUUCAUCUUUGAUGAGAUGGAGAACAUGCCCCCGGGGGUCAUCGACGUCCUGAAGCCCUUCCUCGGGCCCUCACACACGGUGUUCGGCACCAACUACCGCAAGGCCAUCUACAUCUUCAUCAGCACCAUUGGGGAGGAGGUGAUUAACCGAAUGGCCCUGGAGACCCGGCAGGCUGGCAAGGAGAGAGAGGAGAUCAGGCUGGUGGAUCUGGAGGACGCAAUCUCACAGGCAGUGUUCAAUAACAGCAGAAGUGGAUUCUUCCAUUCCAGCAUCAUCCAGGAGAAGCUGUUGACCAGCUUUGUGCCCUUCCUGCCCCUGGGCAGACGCCAUGUGGAGCGCUGUGCCCGCAGAGAGCUCUGCCAACGGGGUGAGUGCCAGCGCACUGAUGUGGUGGAGGCAGUAGGGGGAGCUGUUGUCUACAUGCCCGAGCAGGGACAACACUUCUCCAGCAAGGGCUGUAAAUCUGUGCCGGCCAAAGUCAACCUCUUCCUAUGAGUUAAGGUGAAAGCCAUUUUUAAUUGUUAGAAUUGUUCCCAGAGCCUCAAACUGAUUAGGGUGGAUUUUAUCAGACGGUGAACUGAACUGUUUCUCAAUGAAGAUCAUCUAUAAAUCCACACUACAAACAGGAGAAGAUUGAUUGUAUUCAAAGAGGCAUGUAGACGUUUGAGGUGGUCUGCACACACAAGGUCAGAGCUGCAAAGGCAGAAACAGUAGCAUUGAUCACAUUUUUACUGUGAAUCUCUAGUGAUGUAUCCCCCUGCCCGGAUUCAGUUCAGACACCGUAGGAGAGAUAUUCUGCAGUGUCUGGAACCCAGAGCCAGGCUCUACCUCCAAUCCAACAACCUUUCCUUUAAACAGAAAUAUGCAUCAUUGAAGUUCUGAGUGUAGUGUGGCCGUAGGGGAAUGCAUCAUGGUUUCAAUGUUCAUUAUUGCUACUAGCUAACCCUGGUUGAAAGGAGACGGGUCACUAAAUGUUGUCGAAAUGAACCAGUGAUCUGUGACUUCAUUCAGGGAUGUGUUCUUCCUCCAAUAGGAAUAGACUCUUCCAGGGAAGUAUAACGCUGACCAAACGGCAGGCCAUAUUCUAAGGGGAAAGUAAGAGGUAAUGUUAAGGGGUAGUUUGGGAUUUUGGUAAUCAGGCCCAUUAUCUACAGUCAGAUGAAUUUGUGGAUAUGUUAGCAUUGCAUUGUGUCAUAUAUCCUUGUAUACCUGGUUUUGUUAAAUUGAAACAAUCUGUCAUUACUUGAAAGUUGAAUGAUCAAGCGUUAUCAUGGUGGGAUGACCAGGCAACUCGGAGCAGAGCAAGUGUGCUCCUCUUGCCACUAAGUGGCAGUAAAGGCUCUUUUGAUAGCCAACGAGACCGACUUGAACCAUCUCAAGAGUUUUUCAUUGAAGAUUAUUCUUUUAAUCACUGUUUUUAAGAAUCUUUGUCAAAUUAUUUGUUGAUGAAAAGAGAAACAAAGAAUAAUUGAGAUGUUGGUUUGAAAUUAUAAUAUAUAUAUUGUAUGGAUGAUGCCCUAGAAGUUCAAUUUACGAUGAAAUAGCCUGAAUAAUAUUUAGAAUACUUAGGCAUUCUUUGAAUUUGGACAUACAGAAAAACAAUGUUUACUUUUUACAUUUUUGUUUGAUGCAUUUUGAUAUGCUUCAUAUGCUGUUGAAAAAUGCAUAUGCUUUUAAUUUUACUGAUACAUGAUGACAAACUGUAAAUCUAAAUAUGUGUUACUUACUUUACAGACUAGUUUUGGACAGAGGGAGCCUGUUCUUUCAUAGUAAUCUCUGAACAGCAGGCUGUGUAGGUUGUCAAUAAUUGUUUGCUGGUGGAAGUGGGAUAAUCAAAGGGUUGCCUACUUUAUACUUGAACUAAUGUUUAUAUAAUUUGCACUAUUAAGAACAGAACAGAAAAUAUCUUAUUACCUUCGCUUGUCUGUAUAUUUAUUAGGAAAUGUAAUUGUUUAAAAAAAAUGUUUUCGUUUGUUUUAAGGUUCCACCAAAAUCAGUUAUCAAAGUUAAUAGGCUUGGUUUCUUUCAGUUAUUUUACCAUUUUGCUUUAAGGCAAUUGAAACUUUCAUCAAGUUUUAUAGAAAUCUAUAUAGUGUUGUCCCUUCUUAAUGCCUCCAGAGAAAGUUUUUUUUUCACCACCAACAGAUUUAAGUAGUUAGGUGGUGACUAACCCACGUUUGUCCGUAUCUGGAUAUUUGUGUCAAACAUGUUUUUGAUAAAGAUGCUGUUUGUCUAAUCCUACAGUGGACAAUGUGCUCCUGACUGAAACUAAACACGUCCAGAAGUGUGAAAAGGCAGACCAGAAGGCAAGCGUUGACAAAGACCGAUUUGUGGUCAAAACGUGUCUGCUUUUUCAUAAAUAAAAGAGCACCUAUGCAUUAGAGAACUAAUUUACUGCAAACAGGAUGCAUGUUUUGGAAA